AUGACAUCAACAAUUGGUGGUCGUAUGAAUGUAACAGGUAAUGAUGUGAAAUUAGGACGAAAUGGUGAUCAAAUUGUAAUAAAUGAGAAGCAAUCGAGCAGAAAAAGGAGUAAUGCUAAGCGUGGCGGUGUAAAGAGACGAAUGUCAUUGGCGUAUCAACAACAGCAGUAUAUGCUAAUGCGUGGAGGCCAUCCUGGUGGAAGGCCGCUACAUCCUGUUGGAACAAAUGCCGCACGAAUGAUGUCCUCACGAUAUCCUAAUGCAUCCGGACCUCCCCAUCAUUUCCCACCGCAAAAGUUCGGCUUUUUCAACGAAGCAACACCAUCGAUACAUCCUGGUCAUCCGGGAUCAGAGAAACGCAUUUACGAAGGCCCACCGAAGCCGCGUUUGAUGUUGGAAGAGCAGGGAAGGACACGACAAAAGUCAGUACCAAAACCACCGAAGUUUCUAUUCACUUCAGGACGUGGUGAUAUUGAGUUAGACGGCAGGCCAUACAUAGGGUCGACGUUAGAAGUUGGAAGUUAUAGAUCAGCUGUUCCGAAUGAACAGCAAGGUGGAAUGAAUGAAUUAUUUGCAAAAAUGAUUUGGAAGAAGUUAGAUAUGAUUCAAAGUCCAAUGCGUCUGAAUCGUUUGCAUACGGAAAUUAUGAAUUUGCUGCAACAGGCAAUUGCUGAAGAAACGGGCAAAUAG